CCAUUUCCAAUCUUCUGUGUACUAUACAGCAGAAGAAGACGAAAAUCACCAACUUCAACGUGCCCAUCCCCAAUCUCACUCAUUCGAUCACUCUACUCAUGUGAUACUCUAUCACAUUUUCACUCAUCUCCCAUCAUUUCCCAUCUCUGAUAUUUUCUUCUUCUCCCCCUUUUCUCUUCUUUUCUUUUUCUACUUUGUCUCUUUCUCUUCUCUUUCUUUUGGACAUUUCUGCAAAUAUCUUCCUUACAUCUCACUCCUUUCGAUUUUUCUCCCACUUGCUUCUUUAAAUUCCGCAUCUCUCUCUCUCUCAUUCGCUUUAUAUCCUUGUCAUUACUGAUUGAUUUUCCUUUGUGAAAGCUCAUUAAUUUAGUAUCUUUCAGAAAGUCACUAUUUUCGAUAUUUAUACCCGCACUUUCUCUCCAAGAAAUAUUGGAGGUCACCUAUGGCAUCUAGUGCAGAAGCCAACGGUUCUAGUAUUGCUGUAUCUGCUGUUUCUUGUUCUAAGAUUCCAGCAGUUGCACAUCCGUUGUCUGAGGACCCGUCAGAGAUCGCUUCUAAUAUCAAUUACCAUGCACACUAUACUCCUCAUUUUUCCCCUUACAAGUUUCAGCCGGAGCAAGCCUACUGCGCCACCGCAGACAGUGUUCGUGAUCGUCUUAUACAACAAUGGAAUGAAACCUAUCUUCAUUAUCACAAAGUUGAUCCAAAGCAAACAUACUACUUAUCAAUGGAAUAUCUUCAAGGAAGAGCUCUGACUAAUGCUAUUGGGAACCUGGGUGUUCACGGUGCAUAUGCUGAUGCUUUAAACAAAUUAGGACACAAACUUGAGGAAAUAGUUGAGCAGGAGAAAGAUGCGGCACUUGGAAAUGGUGGUCUAGGACGACUCGCUUCAUGCUUUCUAGACUCUAUGGCAACACUAAAUUUGCCUGCUUGGGGAUAUGGUCUAAGGUACAGAUAUGGUUUGUUCAAGCAACGAAUAACCAAGGAGGGCCAAGAAGAAAUUGCUGACGACUGGCUUGAGAAAUUCAGUCCUUGGGAAGUCGCCAGGCAUGAUGUUGUUUUCCCUGUCAGAUUCUUUGGCCAUGUUCAGGUUAAUCCUGAUGGAUUCCGAAAGUGGAUUGGUGGAGAGGUCAUGCAAGCUUUAGCUUAUGAUGUGCCAAUUCCAGGAUACAAAACCAAGAAUACCAUUAGUCUUCGUCUCUGGGAAGCAAGAGCUUCUGCUGAGGACUUCAACCUGUUUCACUUUAAUGAUGGACAGUAUGAAUCUGCUGCACAGCUUCAUUCUCGAGCUCAGCAGAUUUGUGCUGUUCUUUAUCCCGGCGAUGCAACAGAGGAUGGAAAGCUUUUACGGCUGAAGCAACAAUUCUUUCUAUGUAGUGCAUCACUUCAGGAUAUAAUUCUCAGAUUUAAGGAGAGGAGAACUGGAAAGAGCUCAUGGAAAUGGUCUGAGUUUCCCAGCAAGGUGGCUGUGCAAUUGAAUGAUACUCAUCCCACUCUUGCUAUUCCGGAGCUGAUGCGGUUAUUAAUGGAUGAAGAAGGACUCGGAUGGGAUGAAGCUUGGGAUGUGACAAUAAAGACCAUUGCUUAUACCAAUCACACAGUCCUUCCUGAAGCACUGGAGAAGUGGUCACAAACUGUGAUUCGGAAACUUCUUCCACGCCAUAUGGAAAUCAUAGAAGAAAUAGACAAGAGGUUCAUUGCAAUGAUACGCAGCAGUCGAACUGAUCUUGAGAGUAAGAUUUCUAGCAUGUGUGUCUUGGAUAAUAAUCCCCAAAAGCCAGUUGUUCGGAUGGCAAAUUUAUGUGUGGUUUCUUCACAUACGGUAAACGGUGUUGCCCAGUUACACAGUGAUAUCUUAAAGUCCGAGUUAUUUGCAGACUAUGUCUCAAUAUGGCCAAAAAAGUUCCAAAACAAAACCAAUGGCAUUACGCCUCGCCGUUGGCUCAGAUUUUGCAGUCCUGAGCUUAGUGACAUAAUUACAAAACAAUUAAAAACUGACCAGUGGAUUACCAAGCUUGACCUACUUGCAGGUCUUCGACAGUUUGUGGACAAUGCGGACUUCCAAGCUGAAUGGGAUUCUGCCAAGAUGGCUAAUAAACGGCGUUUGGCAGAGUACAUAAUGCGAGUGACAGGUGUAAGCAUUGAUCCAAAUAGUCUUUUUGACAUACAAGUCAAGCGAAUCCAUGAAUAUAAAAGACAGCUGCUGAACAUUUUGGGUGUAGUUUUCAGAUACAAGAAACUGAAGGAGAUGAGCAUUGAAAAGCGGAAGAAAAGUACUCCACGGACUGUCAUGAUAGGAGGAAAAGCAUUUGCUACAUACACAAACGCAAAAAGAAUAGUGAAGCUGGUAAAUGAUGUUGGUGCUGUUGUCAACACUGAUCCUGAAGUCAAUAGUUACUUGAAGGUAGUAUUUGUUCCAAAUUACAAUGUGUCUGUGGCAGAGAUGCUUAUUCCAGGAAGUGAACUAUCACAGCAUAUCAGUACUGCAGGCAUGGAGGCAAGUGGCACUAGCAACAUGAAAUUUUCACUCAAUGGUUGCCUUAUAAUAGGAACACUGGAUGGGGCUAAUGUGGAGAUCAGGGAGGAAAUAGGACAGGAUAAUUUCUUUCUCUUUGGUGCAACAGCAGAUGAAGUCCCUAGGCUCCGAAAGGAAAGAGAGAAUGGAUUGUUCAAACCGGAUCCUCGGUUUGAAGAGGCCAAGCAGUUCAUUAGAAGUGGGGCAUUUGGAAGCUAUGAUUACAACCCUCUUCUUGAAUCUCUUGAGGGUAACUCUGGUUAUGGCCGUGGUGAUUAUUUUCUUGUUGGGUAUGACUUCCCAAGUUAUUUGGAUGCUCAGGAAAGAGUAGAUGAAGCUUACAAGGAUCGGAAGAGAUGGUUGAAAAUGUCCAUAUUGAGUACUGCAGGAAGUGGUAAAUUCAGCAGCGAUCGCACAAUUGCUCAAUAUGCGAAGGAGAUCUGGAACAUAGAAGAGUGCCGAGUACCAUAAAUAGUAUGAUGCACCAGUCUUCAACCUGUGCAGUAUGUGAUUUCAGCCAAAUAAUGUCAAGGUAGGAAGAAUGUGGAGAAAUAUCAGGUGUAAGGAACUACACUUGUAUCAGGAUAAGCAUAUGUAAAAGAAAUAAAACCAAAUCCUAUGCUUCUCUGUUGUACUGCACACAUGUUAUAUCAGAAAGUACCGCCACAUAAUGGUUUACAACUAUUCACGUAUUUAUAUAUGCAAUUAUCUUUGGCAGCCUGAUGGAAGAAUAUAUUGUUUGUUUUUGACAGUUGAUAUUUUAUUAGAUUGUUGAUUGAAUAUAAUAUAGUUUCACGAAGCUA